GCUACCAAGGAAGGCAUUGGUGCUGUUCCGAGGUUCAUUCUCUAGACACCACCCCGACUCUGAAGACUGUCCGCUCCCACAUAUUUCGGUCAGUGAAGUCCAGAUGCAUGAGUCUGGGUCAGAACCAACAAGCCGCACCAUUCCAGCAAGUCACACAGAGAACGGGAACAACACUGAACAUGAGAGUCGACUGAGGAGCAGCCAGACUCCUCCUCCAGAGGCACCCAGGGUUCCAGUGUCGUUGUCCAUGAUGACCCCACCAGCAGAAGCCCCACAACAACUACAGCAGACCCCACAGCAGCAGAUCCUCACCCCCCAGCAGCUCCAAGCCCUACUCCAGCAGCAAAAGGCACUCAUGUUACACCAGCAACAAAUUCAAGAGGUCUUCAAGAACCAGCAAGAGCAGCUAAAUAUGCAGCUGCUGCAGCAGAAGAAUGCAGGGAUUGUUAGUCAAGAGCUGACAGCCCAGCAGAUUGCCAUCCAGCAGCAGCUCCUUCAGGUGCAGCAGCAACACCUCCUCAACCUGCAGAGACAAGGCCUGCUGUCUGUGCUCCCCACCAGCCCUGCAACAGCCCCAGGCUGUGAGAACGGCAGCAUCCUAUCUGCCAGCGGAGACAACAGAGAGUCUUCUGGUCAACUCUCCACCACCAACGGUCAUCACAGCCUUCUGAAGAGGAGAGAAAGUGGCUCACUGGAUGAAAGCACACAGAACAGCCAUCCUCUGUAUGGAAACGGCAUGUGUAAAUGGCCGGGCUGUGAGACAGUCUUUGGAGACUUUAAGUCAUUUCUCAAACAUCUGAACAGUGAACACAUACUAGACGACAAGAGCACAGCGCAGUGUCGUGUGCAGAUGCAAGUGGUUCAGCAGCUGGAACUGCAGCUGAAAAAGGACAAAGAACGACUGCAAGCCAUGAUGGCUCAUCUUAAGUCCUCUGAACCCAAACCCGCAGCUCAGCCUGUGAAUCUGGUGUCUAAUGUAUCCUUCUCCCAGGCAACAUUGCCCAAAGGCCCUCCUCCUAUGAGCCUCUCUCAGAGUGCCACGGCGCCAUCCACACCCCUGACGCCACUCUCUGAAUCCCCUUCAGUCCUCACUCCCAACAGCAUGUUCACUGGCACCCCUGUGCGGAGGCGGUAUAGCCGCUCUGUGAGCCAAGACAUUAUUGAUAACAAGGAGUUCUACUUGAGCACAGAAGUCCGACCUCCAUUUACCUAUGCUUCUCUUAUAAGACAGGCAAUAUUUGAAUCACCUCGCAAACAGCUGACAUUAAAUGAAAUCUACAACUGGUUCACAAGAAACUUUGCAUAUUUCAGGCGCAAUGCAGCUACCUGGAAGAACGCCGUCAGACAUAAUCUCAGCCUCCAUAAAUGCUUUGUGCGUUUGGAGAAUGUGAAGGGAGCUGUGUGGACUGUAGAUGAGAUCGAGUUUCACAGAAGACGGCCCCAGAAGAUGGCCGGUAACGGAUCUCUUCUGAAGAACUCACAGAACCGUCAGAGCUUAGCAGGGUCUGCUCCUCAGAGUGGCUGUCCAGAUGCCAACUCUCUGUACAGCCCAGCCUCGAUGGGCAGCAUCCCGCUGCACUCCCUGCCUCAUGUUCUCCAGGAGCAGAUGAACGGAGCCCUCGCUAACGGCUCUGGAUACCAAAGUGAUAGCAGUGCAACGCAGUCUCCUCCACAAGCUUUCAUUAAAGAGGAGCAGGAGGACGAGGAGAUAUGUGAGAAUUACCCGUACGAGUCUCCAGAGAGCACUGACGAGCACGGCCACAGCCCGGACAUGAACCGAGAUGAAGACAACGGUAGCCCACAGAGGCCAAACCUUCAUUUCGACCGCGUGCCUUCUCUCUGACUGACUGUGCUCUCCACUGCAAGGCCGCUUCACUCACAUUUUGUGUGACUUUAUAUUCCAAAAACAACUGCUUCAUCUACGUAACCAAACACUCUCUUCCUAGGGAAUUUAUUUUCAUUGUAUUUAUCUGCAUUUUUUUUUUUUGUUUUUAAUCUAGCUCUAAAUCCUUUCUGUACAGUAGAGUGAAAUCACAGAAACACAUUGAUGAAAUUGUCUGUUGAUGAUUUUUUUUUUAUAUAUAUGUACACAAAAGGACCAUGAUGAGCAGAGACGCCAAAGGAAAGGGAACACUGAUAGUUAGCACUUCACCAUGAAACGUUUCCUCCAUCUUUGUAGCUACCUUUUGCUAUGUUGGGGCCACAUUAGAUGUUUCUAUCUUAGUUGUCAAAAUAUAAAAAAUGUAGAGGAAGUACAAAAAAUAUUGCUUUAAAGAUGAAAUGUUCACUGCCAACAUGAUCUGAUAUAUUUGUAUUUAAGGCAUAAUCAUUUGAUCAAAAGAAAACGUAGUAUCUUUAUACCUGUUGGUCUUUUUCACCCCUUUAACAUCAACAUUGCUGAAUUUGCUCCAUGUGAGCUUGUAAGAGUAGAUAAUAUAGAUUUACCAUUACUGUAAACCAAUGCAUCUCUAUGAAAAAUAAAUUCCUCAUGAUAAAUGUGUA